UUUAGAUCAAUCACUAUGUUUAACAACGUUCGACGCAUCUCUUUAUUUGAUGAGAAGAGUCUUAACUCAACUUCGAGUGAUACAGCUUCAAUGUGGAAUGAUUUUCCAUCGGUCCCUUCUGACCUGCCACCCUUACCAGCUGACUCGGUUCCAUCUGUCCCCUCAUUACCUUCCAUAGCAAGUGAUGUUGAGGUGGAGCAGCCGGCUCCUUCUAAUUAUAAUUACGAGACUCAUGGUAUUGAUGAGGAUCAUCCGGGUCUUAACCCGGACAGUGAACGUAUAGUAGAGCUUCAAUCUGAUAUACACGAUAAAUUGGGAGAGUUGAUGACUAACAAGAGUGACCAAGACGUUCUGAGUGCGGCCGAAGCUUUACAUGGCGAAAGCAACAAUAUCCCUUUUCUGGAGCACCUGUUAGAUGAUUUGAACAAAAACGAAAUAGAAGGUGAAGCCUAUAAGGAUGCCCUGGAUCUAUCGAAUAGGUUGGGUAUAUUACCCGAUAAAGCAGCUUUGUGUGAUGCAGCGGAGCCAUGGCAAUUAGGAUUUCAAGACGCAGCAAGUCCUAUGAUGCAAGGAAUAAUCGAUUUACAUCACGAUAUCUUUUUCUUCCUCAUUCUGAUUUUGGUUUUCGUAUCACGGAUCUUGGUUCGCGCUUUAUGGCAUUUCCACUAUCAAAAAAACCCAAUCCCGCAAAGGAUUGUUCAUGGAACUACUAUCGAGAUUCUUCGGACCAUAUUUCCUAGUAUCAUCCCGAUGUUCAUUGCUAUACCAUCAUUUGCUCUGUUAUACUCAAUGGACGAGGUAGUAGUAGAUCCAGCCAUUACUAUCAAAGCUAUUGGACAUCAAUGGUAUCGGACUUAUGAGUAUUCAGACUAUAACAGUUCCGAUGAACAGUCACUCACUUUUGACAGUUAUACGAUUCCAGAAGAUGAUCUAGAAUUGGGUCAAUCAAGUUUAUUAGAAGCGGACAAUAGAGUGGUUGUACCAGCCAAAACUCAUCUACGUAUUAUUGUAACACCUGCUGAUGUACCUCAUAGUUGGGCUGUACCUUCCUUAGGUGUCAAAUGUGAUGCUGUACCUGGUCGUUUAAAUCAGAUCUCUAUUUCGGUACAACGAGAAGGGGUUUACUAUGGUCAGUGCAGUGAGAUUUGUGGAACUAAUCAUGCCUUUACGCCUAUCGUCGUAGAAGCUGUUCCUAGUAAAGAUUAUGGUUCUCGGGUAUCCAAAUUUCCUAGUAUCAUCCCGAUGUUCAUUGCUAUACCAUCAUUAGCUCUGUUAUACUCCAUGGGCGGGGCCCUCUCGCCAUUGAGUGCUUUGUGUGCGUCCUCCCCCUCCGUAAAUGGGUCGUCCAGUACCGGCUGGACGUCGUUACUGGGGAGCACCUCGCAGGAACCGUCGGGCGUCUCUUCGCCCUCGGGCGUGUGGACGCAUUUUGAGCAUGCUGCGAACUCCCCCGGGAGUAGCACAUCAGUAACGCCUAUCCCAGCAGAACAAGCAGUGCCUCCCGCUAAUCCUGUAGCUUCCGGGGAAGCGGAAGCCGGUCCAUCUCAUGUGGCCCACUUUCCGUAUAACGAGGCGGAGGUCAUUGGGGGGGACUCGGUUCUGUCGAUCCGGACGCGGCUUUUGGAGGAAAAUCCCUUUGCCUCCGCAGAAGAACUCCGUAUUGCUCAUCUUGAUGCCGAAGACCUGUUUGAGGUCAAAGCAGAUAUCGCCAUGGAAAUGUCUGCUCAUGAUCCAACUGGUGAUUGGUUGAACCGGGGGGCGUGGGCCCUCGGCAACCCGCGGACAAAAACUGGGGAAGAUUCUUUGGAGAAUCUCCUCAUUAUACGCGACAAACUUCGCCAACGGGACUGGGAAACCAUCAGGAAUUUGCAAGAAAGGAUGCUUUUCAGGAGGGGCUAAAAUAAAAAAUAUAUAUUAUAGAGUCAGUAGAAAACGCGAAAUUUCCCCUCAUUAGAAAGGGGGGAGGGGUCCCGAGAUCCUGGGCAGCGGGGUCUUCCCAUCAUGAUCGACUAAAGGGAAAGUCAGAGAUAUUGGUUCGAGUCAAAUUCAUGAUUCCACUGCAGGGGGACUUCAUUCAAUCGAAGAAAAGAAGGAAGCAUUGUACUCAAUUUAGG